UAAGGCGAUAUCAAUCACACUUGAUCACAAACACUCAUACCCUCAUUGUGUUCAUAGCAAAGUUAAUCUUACCUAACCAAUGGCUUUAAAAGGUCAAGAAGUCAUGAGCCUAGUCCUAGUCCUAAUGGUCAUGGUCUGGGGUGGAGCCCGGGCUCAAUCAAGCACUUGCACCAACACACUCAUGGGUUUAGCUUCAUGCCUAAACUAUGUCACAGGCAACUCGUCUACCCCCACACCUUCAUGUUGCUCACAACUCUCAACCGUGGUACAGUCACAACCACGUUGCCUUUGCUCGUUGCUCAAUGGCAAUGGCCCUAACAUCGGUGUUACUAUUAAUCAAACUCUUGCAAUAAGCCUUCCCGGUGCAUGUCAAGUACAAACUCCUCCACUUAACCUAUGCAAUGCUGUUGCUAAUGGACCCUGCUAGUGGACCUACAAGUUCAACAGUUUCUCCCAUCGGCUCACAAACUGAGCCAUCAGGAGAAACCCCUGAAACCGAAGCUCCCACUACAACAUCGACACCAAGUGUUCCUUCAACAUCUGGAGAUGGAUCUGGAUCAAAAUCAACGCCAUCAACAAAUAACAAUGCAUCGAAUGGAAGCAAAUUUGGAGCACCAAGUUACCUUUUGCUUUUCGUCCUUUUAUUUGGAAUGAAAUAUUAAUAUUCUUGUGAUUUUUACAGGAGUGUCAUUGUAUCUUUACGCAUAUUGUUUGAUUUGUUUCCACGUGUUAUUAUGGGUUCAAAUUGUUUUCAUUGUAAUUUGUCACAGAUAUUCCUACUCUAUAAAU